UUUAAUGACGCGAGGUCACGCGUCGCCGGCUGUUGCUGACAGUAAUGUUUAUCUUUCUGAAGCCAUCCUAGACAUUUGCAGAGGACUUGCAGGUUUUUUUUUAAUUCUGUUUCUAUGCAUGCAUGUAUUGAAUAGUCGGUGUGUUUAUGGGAACGUCCUAUGUGAAGAACCGAGCAUGAAUACUUUUAAACUAUGUGUUAGCUUUAUAGAAAGGUAGCAUCACACUCAUCCCUAACCUCUUGUUGAAUAUGAACGACAGUGGUAGACCUUACUGUAGUUUUUUGAAGGGUAUCCCUCUCACUGACAAAUGCAGAAAUAAAGUAAAUCAAUGAAGAUUGAGUGUUUACUUAGAUCUUGCUGCAGACAUUCAUUGCUCGUUGUAGCUGCUGUUCAAACUUCCUGAUGGCAAAGGAUGAAGAAGACCUGACGGCUCUGCGACAAAGAAAGACUUGUCUUAUAUCCGAAAAUAAACAGACCUUACACACGCCCUUACCUGAGGCUCAAUCUAAUAGACUUGAAAACGAGGAUGACAAACAGGCCUCGAAUGGGACAUCAUGUUGGACAGAAAGGAGCAUCACCCCUCCAGGUGCCCAGCCCCCAAACACAAUCCUGGUUCUGUUGGUUCUGGGCCUUUCUUUUGCUACUCGCUUCUACAAACUAGCAGAACCUCCUCAUAUAUGUUGGGAUGAAACGCACUUUGGGAAGAUGGGAAGCUACUACAUAAACAGAACUUUCUUUUUUGAUGUCCACCCACCCCUUGGAAAAAUACUCAUAGGUCUCGCUGGUUACAUGACCGGCUACGAUGGGACAUUUCCCUUUGUCAAACCAGGCGAUAAAUACGGACAUCACAACUACUGGGGUAUGAGAGGGUUCUGUGCAGCCUUAGGCUCCUCUCUCCCGGUGUUCGCCUACUUCAUCGUGCUGGAGCUGUCUCACUCCAACUCAGCAGCUCUUAUCGCCGCCGCUCUGCUUAUAUUUGACACUGGCUCCAUCACUAUUUCCCAGUACAUCCUUUUGGAUCCAAUUCUGAUGUUCUUCAUCAUGGGAGCAGUGCUGAGCAUGGUCAAGUUCAACCAGCAGAAGUCAAGACCCUUCUGUGCGUCCUGGUGGCUGUGGUUGCUGCUGACGGGGGUGAACCUCUCCGGGGCCAUCGGGGUGAAGUUUGUGGGGCUGUUUGUCAUCCUGCUGGUGGGCCUCAACACGGCAGGGGACCUCUGGGCCCUGCUGGGAGACCUGCAGCUCUCGCUGGUGGAUGUCGCAAAGCACCUCCUGGCCCGGGUCACAGGACUCAUCCUGCUGCCCCUGUUGCUCUAUGUCACAGUAUUCGCAGUUCAUUUUGCCGUGUUGAACAAAAGUGGUCCAGGAGAUGGCUUCUUCAGUUCUGCUUUUCAGUCCCGUCUGAUAGGAAACAACCUGCACAAUGCGUCCAUGCCCAAGUACUUGGCGUACGGAUCCACCAUCACAGUGAAGAAUCUACGUAUUGCCGGUGGUUAUCUGCACUCCCACUGGCACCUGUACCCAGAAGGAGUUGGAGCCAAGCAGCAGCAGGUGACUGCGUACCUCCACAAAGACUACAACAACCUGUGGCUGGUCCACAAACCAGACGACGGCCAGGACCACCCUAAGACCCCUGAGCUGGUCCGCCACGGGGACAUCGUCCGACUUGAGCACAAAGAAACCACCAGGAACCUCCACAGCCACCUCCAGGAAGCGCCCAUGACCAGGAAACACUUCCAGGUCACAGGUUAUGGCAUCAACGGCAGCGGUGAUUCCAACGACCUGUGGCGGUUAGAGGUCUGCGGGGGGAGGAGGGGAGACCCCGUGAAGGUUCUCCGCAGCAAGGUGCGCUUCCUGCAUGUGGCCACCGGCUGUGUGCUCUACUCCUCUGGAAAGACCCUUCCCAAGUGGGGCUGGGAGCAGGUGGAGGUGACCUGUAGCCCCUACCUCAAGGAGACACCUAACUCACAGUGGAACAUUGAGGACCACAUCAAUCCCAAACUGCCCAACAUCAGCCUGUCAGUGCUGAAGCCCCAUUUCCUGGAGAUCUUGCUGGAGUCCCAUAUCGUUAUGAUCAGGGGCAACAGCGGACUGAAGCCCAAAGAUAGCGAGAUUAGCUCCAGACCGUGGCACUGGCCCAUCAACUACCAGGGCUUGAGGUUUUCUGGCGUCAAUGAGACUGAGUAUCGCGUGUACUUGCUCGGGAACCCAGUCACCUGGUGGCUCAAUUUAGCAUGCCUGGGCCUGUAUGCAGUCAUGGUGGCGGUGGCCUCUAUAGCUCUCCAAAGAGACGUGCAUCUCAGCCAAAAGAGACGAGAGCACUGCUGGGUGCUGAUGCGGGGCGGGGGGCAGCUGGUGCUGGGCUGGCUGCUCCACUACGCUCCCUUCUACACCAUGGGCCGCAUCCUCUACUACCACCACUACUUCCCUGCCAUGCUGUUCAGCAGCAUGCUCACGGGUCUCACUCUGGACACCCUGCUGCACAGCGCCGACCUCUUCCUCUCCCCGCCGCGUGCUGAUUGGCUGCUCAGACUGGGACAGGUGGCGCUGCUUUUCAGCGUCCUUUACAGUUUUUACAUAUUCCACCCGCUGUCUUACGGCAUGAGAGGACCUCUGGCCCACGAACCAGGGAGUGCAAUGGCCGGCCUCAAGUGGAUGGAUUCAUGGGAGUUCUAGGCGUCUCCAUGGAAACAGAAAACUAAUAUCGCUCAUUGCUGUCGGUACAGAAGUAUUGUUACACUACUUGGACUAAUAUAGUACUAAUGUGCACGUUGAGCAUUUUUGGAAAGUAUUUUAGCUUGUCAUAUGUAGAGACUACCUGACCAAACAAGUUGAACACACCAAGAUUACAGUAUUUGAGGGGUUUGCAUUUAGAUAUCCGGGACACAUCAUCUUUUCACCUAACUGCCUUAACAUGUAUUAUCAUAAGGUUGCAAUAAUGAACUAAGUGCCUUAAUCAACAAUCCCUCAAUGAAUAGGUUUCCAAAUUAUUUAAAUAAUUCCUCUUUGUUUUAAAGACUCUUGAAGUAACUUUUUUAUUCAGGAUCAAGGUACUAUUUUUGUACUAUAUUCAGUCAUUACUACUGUUUGUGUCCUUUAAUUUGAUACCACACGACUGGAAAUGGUUUGUACUGUAAUGUGAAUAUUUAGUUUUAAAUAAUAAAGAAAUUGUGACUCUUUCUUUUAUGUGUUUUUGUAGGUAAUACAUUUUGAUAUAUCAGUAGUGCCCAGUGCCCACUUCCUUUGAUAAAGAGGGGACAUAGGACAUUUGCUACUCACAAUUCAUUUCAUACAUGUUUACUGUUCGCUACAGGACAUUCUCUGAUUCUUAUUAAACU